CUUCAUCCUCAAUCAGACUAUUAGUCGUGUUCGUCCUCCAAAGGAUAAUCCAUCCCUUAGCCCCAUUGCCACCUUCAAGCCUUGCUCUGCCACGUUGGCAUUACUGACCCAAAACCCUUGUCCAUACGCGAAUGUCGACUUGCCAACUCAGAAUGGCACAGCAUUUCCAUAUCGGCCACCUUUCGGCCCACAAACCCAAGGAGACAUCUAGUCCUUCGACCAUCCUGCAACUCGCUACCCGGCUGCUGCCUGCGCCUGGGCAUGCCGGCCUCAAAGAGUUGGAGGGUGGUCGAAACCCGAAAGAACCUGUGGCUCCAUUGCUGCAGGAUAGUGUUGUGAGUGAAGAGAAGUGGGAGGCAAACCAUCCACCACCGGAUGGGCUCCCCAAGCAAAAGAAAGUCAUCGUAGUCGGUGCCGGUAUAUCUGGCCUUCGUGCUGCAUCCGUCUUGAGAGCUCAUGGUAUCCAAGUCGUUGUGCUCGAGGCCCGCCCUGAUCGCAUCGGCGGACGUAUCUAUACGAGCAGGAAAUCAGGACAUACCCCAAGAGACAUUGGUGCCGCCUGGAUGCACGAAACUGCAAACAACAAGCUGGUUCGUCUCAUAGGCCAGCUCAACAUUGAGCAUUACUAUGACGACGGAACGCCUUUGUACCUCACCAAAGAUGGACGUCUCGGCUCUCAAUUCAAAGCCAAAAAGGUGGCCGACGAAUUUGCCGACUAUUGUACCUGGUACUAUGAGGAGAACCCUGACGCUGCUGACAAACCUGCCCUCGACUUCAUCAAAGAAUGGCUUGAGAAUCAUCCCUUGGUGACCGAGGACGAACGUCUCUGGGCUCCGCAAGCUGCUCGUGAAGUCGAGGCUUGGAUUGGGACCAGUCUCGAACAGGCCUCUUCGAAACACCUUGCCUAUUUCGCAACUGAAAGAAACCUCUACAUGAAAGGAGGGUACGAUAGAAUUAUUGACUGGGCUGCUACCAGUCUCCGUGAUUCCGACAUUAUCCGACUCGGUCACAAAGUCACCAAGAUCGAUUGGACUGACAACGAAAACGAAGAUUGUAAAGUGCAUGUCACCACUCCUGACGGCAAAUCCUCGACGUUUGUUGCCGAUGCCGUCGUCUGUACGCUCCCUCUGGGCGUACUCAAGAAUAAUUUGGUUGAACUUAAUCCUCCAAUGCCUCAGAAUCUUUCAUCCGGCCUCGACAAACUUGGAUAUGGAGCUCUUGGAAAGAUCUUCGUCGAAUUCGAGUCGGUCUUCUGGCCCAAGGACAACGAUCAAUUCAUUUACUAUCCUGAGCCGAACGAAGAAGUGGAUGAAAAUUCCAUUCUUUCCUACAUGACCGUCACCAGCAACAACUGGAUUAUGGGCGGUAGCAAAGAACUGUCCGUUCAAAUCGUCGAGCCGCUCACUCAACGCAUCGAAGCUAUGACUUCCGAGGCAGAGGUUUACGCAUUUUUCGAACCACUUUUCAAACUACUUCGUACCGAACCUUACAAGAAGCUUCCUCCAGUCGUGAGUCUGGAAACGACACACUGGACUCAGGAUCCUUUUGCCGGGUUUGGUACCUAUACAGCAGACAAGACGGGUGAUGACCCCGAAGUUUGGUUCAGUGCAAUGGAUAGCAACAAGGGCAGCAAGCUGCAAUUCGCCGGAGAACAUUGCGCGCGGACUGGAAAUGGAUGUGUGCAUGGUGCAUUUGCUACUGGCGAAACUGCGGCCGUCAACCUUUUGGCUUCUUUUGGAAUCCCCCACAACGGUGGAGAUCUUUUCAGUAGAAGACCGUCAAGGAAGACAACACCACCUAGACAUUGAUCGACUUACAGGCACUGGAAGGCUUCCUUUGUCUGCCAGUUGAGAAUGUCUGGGGAGGUAGCACUUUCUUGAGUUGGCUGAUGGCUGACCUUGAAGUGUUGGGCUGAAAUAUGUCGGGCACAGAUUGUUAUUCUUGCUUUUUGUCUUUGGUCUUGUUUCUGUUUGACUUACACUCGUUAAGAUUUGAAUUGUUCGUUUGGUCAUCAGACAGAUAGAGUCGUUGAGGCACCAAUUGUCUCCGAUCUUGUUUGUAUACCGUAUGCAUGUCGUUGCAGACUAGGUCAAUUUGCUACCAUAGUUUCUAGUUUUAUAGGCAAUCAUCAAUGCAAUCUUUUAAAAAUCA